AUGCAGAAAUCAGCUCACAAGGGAGCAACUGCUGGCGAUGGAGACAGGCUUAGCAAGCUCCCCAAUGACAUUCUGCUCAAUAUUCUGGAGAGGGUGGACACACUUGAUGCUAUAAGGACCUGCAUCCUCUCCAAGCAAAUGUUGAAUCUCCCCACCAUGCUCUCGCAGUUCUUCUUAAGUGCUGGUUCCGUUCCAGGUCACCAUGAUAAAGCUCGUGUUUUAAACCGCGGUGAAGUUUUCCGAACCAACAAUGCUGUGGCUCGUGUAACGGAUAGCAUCUUGUGCACAAGGAAUCCGAAGAUCGCCAUUACUAAACUCAAAAUCAAAUUCGUCUUGAUGCCACAUGUCUCUCUCACCAUUGGAAGAUCUGUUGCCCGCGCCAUGGCAACCCAGAAGGUUGGUGCAGCUGAGUUUGAGAUCAUAACGGAGAAGGCUUAUACGGACUGCUCUCCUGCCGAUCUUGUCCAAUUUGCGAAUCAGUUAAAUAAUUUCGUUGGUGCUUUCCCUGAUGUAUUUGCUGGACUCAGGCGCCUGUGGCUGCGCAAUAUGAGGUUUGCUGAACUGGAUAUCGCCAACAUUCUCAGCACUUGCAAACUCUUGGCGUCUUUGCGUUUAACCGAGUGCGACUCAGGGAUCGAUUCUGUGCUGCAAGUAGAACAUGCUCAGCUUGUUGAGCUUGAGGUAGACUAUGGGGAAUUUGCAAGAGUUGAGCUGACAUGUCUACCGAAACUCCAACGAGUGAGAUAUAAUAAUUGGUACUCUUAUGAAGAUCCCCUGUAUUUUGGUUUUGUACCACAGCUUUCAAAGCUGAGCCUCACUAAAACUGGUGUUCGUUGGGAGAAGACUCUGGAGUUAAGUCAGCUUCUUGCUAAUGUUCCUAACAUAAGCAAUCUGCAUCUUGAUUUUGAAAGUGAAAAGAUCUGGGUUCUACUAGAAUGCCCGAAACUGCUCACGCCUGUGCUCGGCAAACUACAGCAUGUGAAUCUAGACAAUCUUCCUGAAGGAUGUGAUUUAGCUUGGACGAUGUUUAUUCUUGAAGCUGCACCCACCCUAGAAGAGCUGUGUGUCGCGGUAAGGGAGCAUUGGUGCAUAAUGCUGACAGACGAAGAAGCUCGGAAGAAAAAUGGUUACUGCGAAAAGGCAGACGUGAAUUGGAAGCCAUGCGCACCUGAUUUCAAGCACAAGAAUCUAGUUGAGCUCACCAUCUAUGGCUUCCAACCCGAUGACAGUUUUAUGCGAUACAUCAGGUGUGUUGUGGAUCAUACAGUUAAUGUAACAGAGAUAUCUCCGUACGACAGGAAAGUGUGCGGGAGCUGUGGUAACUUGGAUCCUGAGAUCAAGGUCAAGGUUUGUCCAUCAAGAUAUCCACAGACAGCCGAAGAGAUGAAGCAGAUAACUGAGGGGUUGGAUUUGGCUUCGCGUUCUGUGAUUCACUUCCGGUCCUAAGUGAUUUGUAUAGGCAGUUU